AUGUAUGCGUUUGUGACAGAGUGCCUGGUAGAAGAGAGAGAUCUGAAAUUUUUCCUUACUAUAGCCUCUCUUCACGUUAUAGCCGAAUAUUGUUGGCCAUGGGAGAAAGAAAAAUGUGAGGGAGAAAGAUGUCUUUAUGUUCCAUUGGACUUAUACGAUUUUGUGAUAAAUAAGCAACAGACUGCUGUGAUCAAAUUGCAUAGACGAAUGCUGUCCGAUUCUACAUUUAGAGGGAAAAUCAUAGAUAUUUUAAAGGUACCCCAAGAAGUAUUAGAAUGGGGUCAAAAGGCACGAGAGCGAUACACAGAGUACGCCAAUAAAGGAACACAAACGAUACAUCAUGCCAGGGGGAUGAUUGUAGGAUGUGCUGCAGCCGGCAAGACCACGCUUCUAAAACGUUUACUCGGACGAAGUGAAGAAGAGAUACUGAACGUCACAUCAACGGAGGGACUUGAAGUACAUGAAGAAACAUUUGAAGUUUGUGAUAAAACACUGAGAGUUAAUCCUUUAAGGGAAGUGUGUUACUUGCUACAAAAGAAGAAAAAUAAAUAUGACCAUAAUGUAAACCAAGAUUCUAACAGAAGCAAUUUGAGUUUCUUUGACUUCGGGGGACAGUGUGCGUACUACGCCUGUCACCAGAUAUACCUGACCAGGAGAGCCUUCUAUGUUGUGGUGGUGGACGCUUCUAAACCUCUCGACCAGAUUGUUGACAAGGAAGUAUGUGAUCAGGCAGACACAGUUUUUGCUGACUGGACAUAUAAUGGUACACGUUAUGGUCCUUCUUUAGAAAAGAUUACCGUCAUUUGUUUACAUAUGUCAUUUAAUAUCAAUUUCAUGCUUUAA